UUCCAUUGCCGACUCCAAGCUCACAGCCACAUCUCUGUGUCUGCACGUUGCUGUUUUUUCUCUCUCUCUCUCGCUCUCUCAGUGCAGCAGCAGCAGCUGAAGUCUAUGUUCAUUGCUAACCUGAUCAACCCAGGAUGUGGCUUCUCUGUGACAUCACACCCAGAUGUUUUUCCAUGCCACGCCCCCAUGGGGCUCUGAAACACUCAGAGGAGCAAUAACGGGGAAAGCUUAUUCUACUGUCACAAUGCAAUGGACGGGUUAGAGAAACUGCAUUUUUGUCAUUUCAUUGCACUCUAGAAGAUCAGCGUUAAUUCCCACUUAAAGCAACAAGCUGCCAGAGUUAGGAUUUGCUCUUUUUUAUUUCACUGGACUUUAAAUGCCUUUUCUCUUUAGUGACAAGCUGGGUGCAAUCUUCACAAACAGAGUGCAUUUAAGAUAGCUGCUCAGUCAGCCCUCGCUUCUACAAAGGGAUCCUAAGAAAUAGGAGGGGAAAAGUCUGCUUUUAUUUUAUUUUUUUUUAAAAAGGGAAAACGUGCAAUUUUUUUUUAAACACACCUAUGAAAAAUGGCAACAGCAGCAUACGUGGAUCAUUUUGCAGCCGAGUGCCUUGUUUCUAUGUCCAAUCGUGCUAUUAUCCACAGUCCCCAAGGGGACGCAGAUCCCCGACCUGAUGCAGCAGUACCUCCUCCUCUAUCAAAUGGAGAAAAUAAGCGGGAAGUAAGAGAGACUGGGAAAGACAAUGGAUCGUCGCUGUUUGUGGUGGCCAGGAUUUUAGCUGAUCUCAAUCAGCACGUCCCAAACUCUGCUACCGUUCGGAUGGAAAAAACAGAGAGCAUCGAUCACAGGGAAAAACUAAGUCCUUCUUUUCAUCCUCAGUUUGGGGAGGAAAGUGUCUCCCCAACCAGCAAGCGUGGCGAAGGAAAAGCAGCCACACCUACUAGCCUGGCUGCAGUAAGCGAGCCAAGCCCCAAACAAAGGAGCAGACGGGGAAGGAACCGGGCUGACCCUGAGUCACCCCAGAAAAAGCACAAAUGCCACUACGUGGGGUGCGAAAAAGUUUAUGGCAAAUCUUCCCAUCUCAAAGCUCAUCUAAGGACCCAUACAGGAGAGAGGCCUUUUGAAUGCAGCUGGCAAGAAUGCAACAAGAAGUUUGCUCGCUCCGAUGAGCUGGCCCGGCACUACCGCACUCACACUGGAGAGAAGAAGUUCGGCUGCCCUCUCUGCGAGAAGCGGUUCAUGCGCAGCGACCACCUGACGAAGCAUGCCCGUCGCCAUGCCAACUUCCAUCCCAGCAUGCUCAAGAGGCGGAGCGGCAGCAGCUCCAGAACAGGGUCUGUCAGUGACUAUAGCCGUUCGGAUGCAUCAAGCCCCACCAUCAGCCCUGCCAGCUCCCCGUAAACCUACCUGCACUGGAUGUCAGCACUUUGCCUCUGACACUUAUUGUGGAGUUGAAUUUGUGUUGCACACAGUUUUAAAACUGUCGCUUAUUUUGUUUUGUUUUUCAAAUCAGUAAGUAGCUGCCUCUCACUGCAACUUCAAAACAAGAACUCUUCACCUCGCCAAACAGGUGGCUGGUCUAACCUCACGGACAGACGGAUCUUAAUGUCCCACUUAGUGGCUCCUGCUGCCUCAAUAUUUCAUAUGUUUUACAGCCAAAAACAGAUGCUCUUGAUUGUUGUUUAUAUAUAAAAAACCCAGAAAACCUUAAAAAAAACCUAUGUAUAAUUCACCUCAGGUGUCCGAGCAGUUUUGAGAGAUCGGACUGCACAACACAAGCAUACAUACAGUUACAAUUCAGUUGUGUUGGGCUUUUCCCCCCGCCCCCUUCUCCUUUCUCAGGGAUGGCUAUUUAUAUUACACAAUAAGUACAAUGAAGACAUACCUUUGCCACAACCUUACUCGGUAAAUAUAUUUGCACUCAGAAGCAUUUUGUUGGGUUUUUUUCCACACACGUGGGGAAAAAACAAACAAACUAGUACUGGAAGUUAGUGCCAGGCUCUUUUAUUGUUUGAUUUCAGUUACAUCCUACCUUUGGGGGGCCAACUUUUUCAUUUAGUGCUCUUUGCUUUUGAGAGCAAGCAAUCCUUUCAUUUCUCACCGCAGAUGCUCCAAAAACCAACUUCCCGUUGCGAAAAUCUUCCUGUCUGAGUUGGAUAAACUUUUCUUUUUAAAGCUAGAUUAACUUCUGAGAAAGAUUUCUAAAUGAGAUGCCUUAAUCAAAUAAUCUAAACACAAGGAAACACAUUUACACUGGUUAACAGCUUUUCCAGCAAGGUGGUAUGGAAUUUUGGAGGCAUUUUGUCUUCUAGCUCUCUGAGUUAUAAGAUCUCUCUGCACUGCCUAUCGAAUAUGGGACCAACGAAAUAUUAAAGCAAACCACAUUGACUUGAACAACGUUCUUUUCCUUUUUUUUUUUUUAAAUAAAAAGAACUGAGAAAAGGUAGCUGAACCAAUGCCCAUCAAAACCUUUAUCAAGGUACUUACUUACUGUACAGCUGGAUGCUAACACAAAGAAAUUGCUUAAGACAAAGUUUCUGUACACUGUUGCAUCAUAACUGUGGUCACUGAUAAAAAGGAAACAAAAAACGUGCAUUUUUAAAAAUGUGUUACAAAAAUGGUGUUUUAGCUAAAAAAAUACUUCAGGCUUCUCUGUCACCUGUAGAGCAGCAUUCUAUAAAGCAAUGUCCCCUUCACCUAUGAGACAUUGUAUAUUAAAAAGGGGAGUUUAGAUUUUUCUAUUAAUUUUUAAUACUAGACCACUUUAUCAGGUAUAUAUCUGUGCUUUACAAAUGGUAUAUAAUAUAGCAAAGGACCAGAAUAUUGUGAUGUCACAGAGACCUCAUUGUCAGAAAAUACACUUUGUUUGGAUUGGCUGGUUCAGAUGGUGCAUAUUAAAAAUUCAGGUGCUUUUGGUUUUGGAUUUUUUUCACAUUACUGUAAAGAAUAAAUGCAGUCAAGUGUAGCACAAUGAAAAGAAACUCAAUACACCAAACCUGCUGUUUGAUAUAAAGUUAAUGCCUCCACAUUCCAAAGGAGUCUUGAUCCAUAUCUUACUUGCUGCUUUGCAUUGAUCCAAUUUUGCUAGAUUUUUAAAAAAAAUUGUACUGUACAUUAACUGUGAGAGGCUAGUAUAUUAUAGAUUUGUAAGUAGUUUCAUAGGUACUUGCAUACCAUUUACAUUGUUGAUAAUACCAAGCGCUCUUUCAGUUGUAAGAUUGGUAACUGCUUAAACACAGGUUAAAGUGCAGAUAUUUCAGUAUUUUUGUGUAUAUUUGUUUCAAACUUCACCUUUACAAAAACAAUUUUUUUCUAUUGAAUUGUAAAAUCACAUAAGGCUGGACAUUCUGGCUUCGUAUGAUGGAUGGAAAAAGCCUUUUGACAGAAGUCCGAUUAUUGUUUAACUUGUGUGAUGAGUUGCCUAAAUACUGUCGGUUUAGGAAAAGCCAUGUUCAUUUACCUCCCUAGUUACAACUGUUGUAAUCUCUUCUGAUAAAAUACACAACGUUGAUAUUUUAAUACAAUUCAGGUAGCAGGAAUUCACUUUCCAAUAGCUUUUGCAGCUCAUAAAAGUGCUUUUGUGCUGUAGUUAGUAAAGGGAUAAUAAAGACAACUAGCUUAGAGAAUUGUACCGGUCAGUUGGGCCUAGUGCGCACACUCUUAAAACAAUUCAUUAAGUGUAAAAAAUAUUUCUCUCAUCAUGAAUAAAUCUUACUGUAGGGAUAAGGAUAAAGGAAACAAAACUGAAAACAAAGGAUGAUUACGAAGUACUCAUCAAAAAAGUGAUGGCCUUUGUAUGUUAUGGCUUCAAUCGGGUAUGCUUUAUCAUCUCCAAAGAAAGCAUUAUUUUCUUCUUAGUUCUGUUGCAUAAGCAGAAUACAAUUCCAUUCCACCCAUUAUACUACAUGGUGACAUAGAUUUAAAACAGGUUCUUGACCUAUCACUGAAUGCAAAAUUCAAGUUUAUAGGGUAUACUAUGAAUUAAUGUAACUCAGGUAAAGAUAUGGAUUAGUUUAUAAGCAAAAUGCUUUGACAGUCUCAGUCUAGCUAUAGCAAAAGUUUGUCUCUACUGCUCUAGCAGCACUGGAAGAGGAUAGUAAAUCCAUUCUGAAUAAAUCUUUUACCCAAACAACAAACUGUAACUUUUAUCUGCCUGCUCCCAAAAAUAUUUGGAAUCAUUCUGUAAAGUUAGAUGGGAGCAAAAAUAUUGAAUGCAAGCUGUUCUCAGUGGAAUUCCCAACUCAACCAAAUAAUCUCAUGAGAAAAGCCAUGCGACCAAUUUUAUUCUUAAAUUGGGGCAGUAUCUGCGUCAAACCUUCAAACCUUUUUAAUUUCCUCAGAGAUAAAAUUUUGUAGUUAAUAUUCUGAUCUGUCAUGUGUUAAGACCCUGGCUAGAGUUUCAAAACUUACAUUAAAUGCUUUCUACAUUAGUGGUCAUAAAGAUUAUGAACAUUUAGGUUCUUGUUAAUGCCAGAUUAAUAGUGACCCACACUAAUGCUUCUGUAAAUGGAUCAGCAAAUUGAUUCAGAGACACAAUGAUUGGAUUUGAACAGCACCUCUCUCAAGAUUCUCUUAGCUAAAGAGACAGUUUUGGUUUCUCCAGCGUUUGUCCAGAAGCAGAAGUGGCAACAAUAUCAUAAGAUUCUGUUCUCAUUCCUCAGUUUUGGCAGACUCAAGUAGCCUAGACUGUUCAGAUAAAGCAUUUGAAAUCUGGAUGCUUAUCCAAACAGACCCCAAACUCCAAACCUUUUGUUGUUUUAUCCAACAUUCUGACUUAAAAACUAGUCUCCCAUUACUACACCCAAACUGAACAUUCAGGAUACACUGCUUUGGCUAAGUACAAAUUCUUCCCACUCCUCUAUGUCAUGUGCUUAUCUCCUUCCUUCCAAGCACAGAGACCCAAGCACUCAAGCUGAUAUGGCUGGUCCUGAACAAUGAAAUUGCCUUGAGAUUAUAAAUUUUUGAUUUUACUCAACAAUAAAUUAAUUAAUAGCAGCAAACAAUAAAACCAUUAGGAUUUGUUUACAGUUGUCCCCAGCCCUGGUCCUAGCUCCUUUUGCUGUAGUUAAACUGAAGUGCCACGAUGUAUGAAGAGCCUGCAACAAUGAAAAUGAUCGUUUUAGUUUUCUUGGAAAUUGUAAAAAGAAAAGGAGUACUUGUGGCACCUUAGAGACUAACCAAUUUAUUUGAGC